UGGGAGUGUUUGUUAUUUUGAACUGACAUUUUAAGAAAUGAAAGAAAAAAGAAUGAUAUGCUUCACCCAGGGAAGCACAUUUUCUCUCUCACUGAUCUGUUUGUUUUCUUGAUAAAUUGUAUCUCAACUCUGAAAGAUAUUGCUGAGUAAAUGUCAAAAAAGACAAAAUUCCUCUAAUUUUUCUCCUGUCUGUUGUCUCUGGGAGCUGAUUUGCUGAAAGGUUUGUCCACUUUUUUUGUUGUGAGCAAAUGAAACCACGCCAGGAAUGGGCCACUGACCAAAGGUUUUGUCUUGCCUAAUUCAGACUUGUUGUCAUUUGCACUUUGUGUCAGCAGGAAGGAAAUUUGUUUCGGUGAUACAGGAUCGCUGUAACACAGAGUGAAAAAUGGACAAAGAACUGGGCCUGAUUCUGCUCCUGGUGCUGCUUCACUGUCACAAAAGCAACACGGACUCACAAAUCACUUGUCCAUACAGAUGCCACUGUUUCACUCCAGGCCAAGUACUGUGUGCUGAUGGUGGGUUGUCAUAUUUACCCAGGAACAUGUCCAGGAAGGUCAAGGACUUUAUUAUAAUGUCAUCAGAUCUGCAGUACCUGUUUGCCCAUACUUUAGAGGACAGUCCCCAACUCAUUAAGCUUAUCUUCUUAAAUAAUGCACUGCAAAGUGUUCACUCUCAGGCUUUUGUGGAUCUGGUUGAGCUGCAAGAGCUAGAAAUCAGUGGAAACCCAGGACUGCAGCAUUUAUUUCCGGAGACUUUUGUGAAGCAGGAAAACUUGACUAAACUGAUGCUUAACUUUAACCGGUUCAAGACAGUGCCUCCUGGCAUGUUUGACCAGCUUAAACAACUAGAAACUCUGCAAAUGAAGGCUAACAUCAUAACACAUCUGCCUACAUCUCUUUUCCUGAACCUGCACAAUCUGCGUGUCCUGGAUUUAUCCCAAAAUAAGCUUGAAGAAGUGAAAAGGGAAACAUUUUCUGGUCUGGCAAGAUUGGAGACCCUGAAAAUUAACAACAACCUCAUCAGCAAUCUUACAUCUGACACAUUCCACAAUAUUUCUCAGCUGAUAGAACUUCACUUGGAGGGGAAUAAGAUAUCAGAGCUUGCUGACAGCAUCUUCUUUAUGUUAACCAAACUGAAGGUGCUCAACCUUCGUGGAAAUCUUCUUACAGCCUUCAGCGAUAAAGUGUUUGGGUUUGAGGCCUCAAAUUUGAUAGAGCUGAACCUAAAAGGCAACAGACUGAGAGAGCUGUCCUCUCUAAGCAGUCUGACAUGUCUUUCCGACCUUAUCUUGUCCUUUAACCAUCUCACCAACCUUCCUGGAGACAUUUUUAGGAAUGUUACAGCUCUGGAGAAUUUGGACCUGUCUGAAAACCAGCUCACCUCACUGCCCGAAACGAUCUUUAGUAAUCUAUUUGGCAUCAAGACGAUCCAUCUAAACAAGAACAACCUGAUCAAAGUGGACGCCAAACUCUUCGAGGACCAGGCGCUCAUCCAGCAGCUCUACCUCUCAGACAACCAGCUGGAAACUCUCCCAGUGGGCCUUUUAGAUCAUUUUGCCAUCCAGCAUACAGUAAGACUCCAUGGAAACCCCUGGAAAUGCGACUGCCACAUGUGGUAUCUGCAUGACUGGGUGGUGAGUAACAGCCAAGACAUAGAGAUGCUUGACAGGAUGCUCUGUGAGAGCCCAGGCUUUCUGAGGAGACGACCAGUUGCCUCCAUCGACAAGGACCAGCUGGUGUGUCAGUUGUCCAAAGAUGAGAUGGUGGAUCUCAGCAUCUGUAGCCAAGUAGUUUUCAAUGACACUGUGAUCAUUAAUUGUAAAGUAGAUAAAUGUUCUACACUGACAGUUAAAGUACAAUUUCAGGAGAAUGAUGGCAGUAUAAAGGAACAAAUUUUUAAAAGUGAGCCUGAUCAUUCUCAUUGUAGCAAAGAGACGGUGAUCGAGAGUCCCAUUCAAUAGUUUCCCCUGUUAAUUAGACUUUGUUCUCUGCACAAAUACAUCCUCAUGCAUUUGGCCUUUCUUCAUACAAAGAGUCACAUCAUAUGUUCUGACCGUCACAGUCAGUACUGUAAACAAACCUCUAACUCAGCAGCUGAUAACCAGUUUACAUGCAUCCCGCUGAAUGAUAAGGAGGUGGAUGAACUCUUUUCUAGUAAAGAUCAAAGUUCAAACCGCUACUUUGUGAGAUCCCGUCACUGCUAAAAGGAAGUAUGUGUAACAUGUUAAUCAUCUGCUAACUCUGGCACUGCUGGAUUGUCUUCUUAAGAACCACUUGAAUAAUCAUAAUCAAUCAAAUCAAAAUCAAUCAACAACAACAAUUGCAACAAUACUGAAGCAAUACUGUUUCAAUAUAAUCACUUGCAGGUGGUGAAUUUUGCAGUUUUCAAGAAGUUUUGGAACAGCCAUCCUUGUAAAAUGUCAAUAAAAUGUUAGAUUUGCUGCUUGA